AUGAAGAUCACAUUAACUACAUGGCUCGCAGCAGCCUCCCUUCUCCCUUCCACUUUUGCUUUCCCACAGCUUAGCCCUGAACAGCUCGAAGCUUAUAGACAACAUGCUGAGAGAGCACCUGAAGCUUGCCCAUUCGCCGCUAAACAAGAGGAGCGAGACGCUGGCGAAUGCCCCUUUGCAAAGAAGGAGAAACGAGCUGCCAAGUUUGACGCCAAGAAGCAGCGCAUCAGCGUCAGUGGUCAGCAUGCCUUCCGUGCACCUGAUUUUAAGGCUGGCGACCAGCGAGGCCCAUGUCCUGGUCUCAAUGCCCUCGCCAACCAUGGAUACUUGCCUCACAAUGGUGUCGCAGAUAUGCAGACUAUCAUCCAAGCUACUAAUGAGGUCUAUGGGAUGAGCCUCGACCUGGGAGGCUUCUUAGCUGUCUACGGUACCGUCAUCAAUGGCAAUCCGCUCUCCACAAGUCCAGGCUACUCUAUCGGUGGACCCAGCCGCUUCAGUCAGAACAUCCUCGAUGGUGGUGGCAUCCUUGGUACUCCUUCUGGUCUCAGUGGUAGUCACAACAAGUACGAAAGCGAUGUCAGCUCCACUCGAGGUGAUCUCUACGUAAUCGGAAACAACUUCCACGUUGUUCUCAGCCGCUUUGAAGAAUUCUGGCGCGCCAUCAAACCCAACACACCUGCUCCCAAGCAAUACACCGCCCUUGCCCCGUUCCACUACAAACAGUUCCAGGACUCGGAGAAAACCAACAGCCACUUCUUUUACUCGCCUUUUGCUGGAGUUUUGGUCUCGCCUGCUGGGUACUCCUUCCCUCCUCGGAUGAUGGCCAACCACUCAAGCCAGUAUCCCGAUGGAUAUCUCUCUCGUGAAGUCUUUACCAGCUUUUUCGGUGUCAAGGGAGACAAACCUGGCAACUUCAAGGUCAACCAAGGCUGGGAGCGUAUUCCCGAGAACUGGUACCGCCGGUCGGUAGGCGAUGAGUUCUCCAUCCCUGACUUUCUCCUUGAUGUUCUCGAGCACGCGGCCAAGUACCCUCGUCUUUUGAACAUUGGUGGAAACACCGGCAAGGUCAACAGCUUUGCUGGUGUAGACGUUGGCGAUCUUACCGGUGGUGUCUUUAACGCGGCGGGCCUACUUAAGUCGGACAAUCUCGAGUGUUUCACCAUGCAGAUCAUCAUGGCUGCUGCACCUGAUGUUCUCGGAAGCCAGUUCACUGAUGUCAAGAAGGCUUUGACACCCUUGAGCGAUAAGCUUCGCCAGCUUCUCGCGGGCAAGACGUGCCCCAAACUGCAGAAGUACAACCAUCAGCUGUUUGCCAAGUACCCUGGCUACACAGAGCCGUAUGGCAGUUACGCUGGUGUUUCCAAGGGCACGCUUAAGGGUGUCGUUGAGACGACUAAGGGUAUUCUGGGAGGACUUUGGCCAACUCGCAACUAG